AGCUGGAAUAGCGACUGGCUAAAUACUACAGCUCAAAGUGACCAUGGCCAGUCGACGCGGUACAUACCAAGCUUUGAGGCGUACAAUGUCGAAGCCUGUCUCGAAACCUACCUUAGUUUCACGGCGCUGCGACGAUCCGAACAAAAGUGCAUUAUCGAUGCACAGCAGCGCACGCAGUAAUUGUGGCGCAUGGUGCAAGGAAGACUAGACUUGUUUGGUUUCUGAUUGCCCAGUUUCGCCAGUUGAGCAGUCGUGGCCUUGUUUCGGGAAUAGCUUCACCAUAUUGCUCAAACGCGCGUCUGAAACAUCGCAGCUGUAGCUUCAGCCCGCGCAUACGCUUCAACCGCUACUCUCUCAGCAGUCGUACCGUGUGUUGCCGUCCCAGGUGUGAAUAUUUUCAGACACGACCUGCUUCAACGUGCUGCGCCAUGCUGUAUGACGAUUUGCCUGCGGAUAGCCCCGAGGCUGGUGUUUUCUGAGACUACAACUACAGUAGCGCCUUAUCAAGUCUCUCUUCUUCUCUACUUGUAUUUAAUGUAGCGAUUGAGCGUUUGCAGGUGCAGCAUAAGCAGUUGGGUCGUGCAUGACUUUGGUGUCGUUAAAAGGACGUAGGUAAAGGUCGGUAGAAGAUGUC